CCCUUCUUUCACACCCUGCCCCCCUCUCGCUCUCUUCCCCAGGCUCUUGGUGCGGUGGUAACCCUGAGCUGAAAUAGGGCCUUUGGAAGGUAGAGGCAACGCGCUGCAGCCAGGACCUGUCACAUUACUCUCAGCUCCACAGUGGGACCAGGUCACCUGAAUGCAGUGAAGGAGGGUAGCAGAGUCUGAGUGCAAGUAGACCAAACACAGGGAAACAAGGACACUUGCAGCAGCAACUGAGUCCAGCGUGGGAUUUGGAAGACACUUUUGCCUUGGAGACAAGGUGAUCACAGCUGUGUGCCACUUUGUGGUUAAAAGAACUCCAGAUCUUUUGAAAGACGUGGAACUCUUUUGAUAAAGAGAAGUCGCAAUGGACUAUGACUACCCAGAAUUGGAUCCACUGCCAUCCAAAAUUGAACCAGAAGUAAUCCCUCCCUGUGACCCUACUGCUGAUGACAGGCUCUAUCAUAUAUGCAUCACUGUGAUAUCUCUUGUUGUCAUGCUGAUUCUAGCAGUGUUGGCAAGGCGCAUGAAGGUCGGCGACAGACAGAAAGGACUCCCAGGUUUACUCAGUCCGGUGAACUUCCUGGACCAUACGCAGCACAAGGGCUUGGCAGUGGCUGUGUUUGGAGUGCUCUUGUGCAAACUGUGGGGCCUGCUCAUAUCGCCAAACCCUCUCCCCUUCACAACAGACACCGCUAACAAACAGAACUGGGUGAUUCUGGGAGUCUUCUUUUACCCCGCACUAUACUACCCUCUCCUGGCAUGUGGCACUUUACAUAAUAAAGUUGGCUAUGUACUCGGUAGCCUCUUGUCUUGGACACACUUUGGUGUUCUGGUCUGGCAGAUAAUUGACUGCCCAAAAACACCAGUGAUACACAAACACUACUCUCUUUUCUCCAGCCUGCCCCAGAUUGCUUGCUUGGCAUUCCUUAGCUUUCAGUAUCCCCUUCUUCUGUUCAAGGGCUUAAAGGGCACUGAAAAGAACAAUGCUACAGAGGAUCUGAGCAGCAGCUACUAUAGAGACUAUGUCAAGAAAAUGCUCAAUAAGAAAAAGUCUACCAAAAUCAGCACGUCGAGCACAGACAAGCCCAAACUCCCCCAAAGAAUAACCGAUGCUGUGAAAUCUUACAUUUAUACACCAGAGGAUGCUUUCCGUUUUCCGCUGAAGCUGGCUAUAUCUGGUGUUGUGUCUUUCAUAACCCUGUAUCAGAUGGGUCUUCUGCUGAUCUCAGCAGUCGUGCCGUCUCUCCAGACUGCUCGUUUGGGAGUCAAUGAAGAUGUUGCAAACCUUUUAGCUGGUUUCAGAAUCAUGCUGUCUCCAGACAAACAUGAAGUGGUUCGGAUAGUGGUUUAUUACAUGUGGUGUGUAGAGGUGUGUUAUAUUUCAGCAAUGACCCUGUCUGGAUUGGUCAACCUGGCUAUGCUCAUGCGAUCUAUGGUUCUGCAUCGGUCAAAUCUGAAAGGGCUGUACAGAGGCGAUAGCUAUAAUGUUUACAACUGCCAGAGAAAUAUCAGAGCUUCCCGGCCUGCACUCGUCUGCUGGAUGGGAUACACCAGCUUUACAGCAGCUCACAUCUGCAUUGGCAUGAUCAUCCAGACCAUAGUGUUCUUCCUCUGCCUUCUGAUUGCAGUCUUCCUUGUUAUCAUACCUGUCCUCCACAGACAGAAUCUGAUUCUCUUUCAGGUCCUGUGGAGCAUGUGGCCUUUCUGGCUCAUGCUUCUCCUGGUUGUGUUGAUUCAACACGUCACCGCCAGGUUUUGCUUCAUCAAAAAGACAGGAGGCACACGAGACCUAAACAACAGGGGUAAUCUGUUCCUGCUGACAUAUCUGAUGUUUCCUGUUAAUGUUUUGAUCGGGGUGAUACUGGGAAUCUGGCGCAUGAUCAUCACAGCCCUGUUCAACAUUGUCCACAUGGGACGUAUGGAUAUCAGUCUUCUUAACCGCAAUGUGGAGGCUUUUGAUCCAGCCUACCGCUGCUAUGCUCAUUAUCUGAAGAUCGAGGUGAGCCAGUCUCACCCUGUGAUGAAGGCCUUCUGUGGGAUGCUGCUGCAGUGUGUGGGCCAGGACACCAAAGCUGGACAGAGGUCACGAGAUGCUGAAGAAGGGAUCCAGCUCGUCCAGCAGGAUAAGAAGCAGAACAAAGUGUCCAUUGCCAAGAGAGCCCGCAGGCACUGGCAGCUCCUCUACACCCUGGUCAACAACCCCUCCCUUGUGGGCACCAGGAAGCACUUCCAGCGUCAGACCACAGACAGCUUUCUGAAUGGAAGCCUGAACCGCAGCACCAGGGAGGAGAGCAAAAAGGAGGCUACGACCAAGGAGGCAGAAGCCGCUGCCAGCAACUAAUCAAGAAUGCGAUACUGAUUAUGUACUGGCUGCAGAGUCUCUUCCAGUUUGGGUCUGCGUUUGUACUAUUUGUCUGCAUUUGGUGAAAUACAUGCAUUAUAGCUCAGUGCCUAGUGUAAAGAUAUUCACCAAGUCUUUCCUAAACGUCUGGAGAUUCAGAGUCCCUCCUGUGCUUUUCAUGUUCUCCUGUCUGUGAGGACCUCAGUCUCCAGUCUGAUGGGAAUGCUUGUGUGGCACUGAUCACCUAGGUAAACACACUUAUAAAAAUAAUUUUCUAAACAUGUAAUGCUUAUUUUGGGAUAGAACUCAUUUGCACUAAUAGCCUUUAAUCAUGUAUUAUUUUCCACAUUCAAUGCAGAUAAUGUAAAAUGAUGGUUAUCCAACUAAAAACGUGGAUGCACAAGCCAAUGAAUCAUCUCUUUGAAUGGGAGUUCAUAUAUAGAGUGACAGAGAAGGGCAGAAAGACAGAACAUCUGACUAUUUAUGAAUAUAAAUAAUGAACCAUUGUCAUACUGUGGCCAAUAAAUUAUCUUUCCCCCCAUCUUUAGGCUACACACAUUGUGUAUCUGACAUUAACCUGUGGAAUAGACUGUAUAUUUAUUCUGUUUUAAUUUGUAGACUUUUAAGUCAAAAACAUCUGUUUCCAGUAUUUCCAGUUCUUGUCAAAUAAACAUCUUCUUGUUUCUAA